CCGACUAUUGUGUAACACGGGCACACCAUGGAAAAUUCGAUUAUUUAUUAUCAACUAUAUUAACGAAUCAUUUGACUGUACAUAUUACAUACACAUACCAACAUAUCAUCAAGUUUCAGCUCCAACAAAUCAUUUCAGGGAUGACAUUGGCUAAUGGUUCUGAUGCAGACAGAGACUCUCUUGAUUCUUUUACUGAUAAGGAAAAAGUUGACCCUGGGAAACCUGCAUCCCUGACUUGGCAGAGGAAACUGCAUGAUGAGGGAAUUGCACUUUCAGAGUUCAGCCUGAGUGUGAAAGAGAUAAUUUCUCUGGCACCAAUUGGGUAUAGGUUAUGGCGUGCUCUCCGAGACAAAUCUACCAAUGGAAAUGGAACAUUUGUCGACCCCUUCACAAAGAGAGCUUUUACAUCAUGUCAGGGUGUUCCUUUAGGUGGUCUUGGUGCAGGAAGCAUUGGAAGAACUUACAAAGGUGAAUUUGUACGCUGGCAAAUAUUUCCUAGGACAUGUGAAGAUAGACCAGUUUUAGCAAAUCAAUUUUCAGUGUUUGUGUCACGUCCAGAUGGUGAAAAGUUCUCCAGUGUCUUGAGCCCACGAAGCACUGAAAUGCCAAAGGACCCCUCAGCUUCGGGGCUGCAAUCUUGGGAUUGGAAUCUAAGUGGCAAGAAUUCCACUUAUCAUGGAUUGUUCCCGAGGGCUUGGACUGUAUAUGAGGGUGAGCCUGAUCCUGAAUUAAGAAUAGUUUCUCGCCAGCUUUCUCCUAUCAUCCCCCACAAUUACAAGGAGAGCAGUCUUCCUGUAGCAGUAUUUUCUUUUAAGCUGUCUAAUUUAGGAAGAAGUGCAGCAGAUGUGACCCUGCUUUUUACGUGGGAGAAUUCUGUUGGUGGAUUAUCUGGAUUAUCUGGUCAGCAUUCUAAUAUGAGAAUUGUGACAAAUGACAAAAUUCAUGGUGUACUUCUGCAUCACAUGACUGCAAACGGACUACCACCAGUAACUUUUGUUAUCGCAGCAGAAGAGACAGAAGAUGUACAUGUCUCUGAGUGCCCUUCCUUUGUAAUAUCUGGAAACUCCUCAGGCAUCACAGCAAAGGACAUGUGGAACGAAAUCAAAGAGCACGGGUCCUUUAACCGCUUCAGUUCCACUGAAGUUGCACUGCCUACAGAGUUGGGGUCAUCUACGGGUGCAGCAAUUGCAGCUACUGUGACAAUUCCUUCUAAUGCAGUACGCACUGUAACAUUUUCAUUGGCAUGGGACUGUCCUGAAGUGACCUUCCAAAGUGGGAAGAGUUAUAACAGGCGGUACACCAAAUUCUAUGGUACCCACGGGAAUGCUGCAACAAGCAUGGCAUGUGAUGCUAUUCUUGAGCAUAACUUUUGGGAGGCUCAGAUAGAAGCAUGGCAGAAACCCAUACUCGAAGACAAGAGAUUUCCUGAAUGGUAUCCUGUCACUCUUUUUAAUGAACUAUAUUAUCUCAAUGCUGGGGGGACAAUUUGGACUGAUGGAUUACCUCCAGUCCAUAGCUUGUCAGGCAUACUAGAUAGAAAAUUUACCCUUGAUAGGUCCACCACAAACCACACCGAAUGCAAUGAUAAAUCCAUUCAGAAUGAUACAGCUGGUGAUAUUCUUGAAAGAAUGACUUCAGUAAUCGAGAAUAUUCACAGCCCAGUGUCAAAGACUUCAGCAAUUGGAACACUUUUGCUGGAGAAGGGAGAAGAAAAUAUUGGUCAAUUUCUUUAUUAUGAAGGGACUGAAUAUCACAUGUGUAACACGUAUGAUGUCCAUUUCUACUCAUCUUUUGCCUUGACAAUGCUAUUUCCAAAACUUGAGCUCAGCAUCCAAAGAGACUUUGCGGCAGCAGUUAUGAUGCAUGAUCCUAGGAAAAUGAGUCUUUUGCAUGAUGGAACUUUUGUCUCGAGAAAAGUUCUUGGUGCCGUUCCUCAUGAUAUUGGAAUGAUAGAUCCAUGGUUUGAAGUAAAUUUCUAUAACCUUCAUAAUACUGACAGGUGGAAAGAUUUGAAUCCAAAAUUUGUUUUGCAAGUCUAUAGGGACGUGGUUGCAACUGGGGACAAAAAGUUUGCUCGAGCUGUUUGGCCAGCUGUUUAUAUUGCUAUGGCUUAUAUGGAACAGUUUGACAAAGACGGGGAUGGGAUGAUAGAAAAUGACGGGUUUCCGGAUCAGACAUAUGAUACAUGGUCUGUCUCUGGUGUGAGUGCAUAUUGUGGGGGACUAUGGGUAGCAGCAUUGCAAGCUACUUCAGCUCUGGCAGGUGAAGUUGGUGAUAAGGGUUGUGAGGAUUAUUUUUGGGCCAAAUUUCAGAAAGCAAAAAAGGUUUAUGAUAAGUUAUGGAAUGGUUCUUACUUCAGUUAUGACAACAGUGGUAGCUCUACGAGUUCAUCUAUUCAAGCAGAUCAACUGGCGGGACAAUGGUAUGCUCGAGCCUGUGGUCUUCAACCAAUUGUAAGUGAAGAAAAGGCAAAAUCUGCUCUUGAAAAGGUGUAUACCUUCAAUGUCCUCAAGGUGCAUGGGGGAAAACUUGGGGCAUUAAAUGGAAUGUUACCCAAUGGAGAGCCUGACAUGUCAUCUAUGCAGUCGAGAGAAAUUUGGACAGGAGUUACAUAUUCUGUUGGUGCAACUAUGAUUCAAGAAGGUAUGGUGGAAAUGGGAUUUCAGACUGCACAUGGAAUAUAUGAAACUGCUUGGUCUAAAGAAGGACAAGGAUAUGCUUUUCAAGUUCCAGAGGGUUGGAACAUGAAUGGUCAUUACCGAUCCAUCUGCUACAUGCGUCCUCUCGGAAUUUGGGCAAUGCAAUGGGCAUUGACUCGGCCAAAACUUAGAGAGCAUGAGAAGAAAGUGGAAGUUAGUGACGCAUCUUUGUUGAAGGAACAUGUUGGAUAUACAAGGGUUUCACGACUUCUAAAACUACCAGUAGAGAAAGAUUCGAGAAGUUUAUUGCAGGUUGUUUUCGACUUCACUUGCAAAAGAAUAUUGUCCUAAUGUGAUUAAUAUUGCUUCGAACUUUUUCAAGAUCUCAAUAUUUUUCUGUAUAUAUUGCUACCUUUAUUCGAUGGAAGCCAAAUGCCAUUAUAAGAACAGUAAUUAUUAUAGUGGUUGGCUGUAAUCAAGGAUUUUGUUUUCUCACAAUAAAUUCUUGCUUAAUUACAAAUACAUUAAGAAAUUUUUGUAGGUAAUUCGACCAGGUAAAUUUUUUUA